UGAAUCUCUCUCCUCUGGGUCUGAGGGCAGUCUCUGCUGGCCAAAAAGAUGCCAAAAAAGUUUUGGCUUGUGAAUGGCCAGUUCUGGGAAAGGCCCUAACAAGGGCAUUAAUGGAUCAGUGGGAAAGUUGAUUUGGGUCCGCCAGCAAAACGGGUUAUGGUGGCCGGGCAAGAUUCUUGACCCGGAUAAGCUGCCUAAGGGCUCUGUGCCUUCACCAAGAUCAGGGACCCCUGUCAAGCUUCUUGGUAAAGAGGGUUCGAGUGUGUUAGCAUGUGGUUUUGAUGAAUGUGUUAUAAGAUCUGUUUCGUAUGGUUACGUACCACAUGAGUGUCACGUAGGCUGGUAUAAUCUCGAGAAAUCAAAAAGGGUGAAAGCAUUUCAUUAUGAGGACCAUGAUAAAUGCAUCGAGAAAUUGAAGUCAUCCAAAUAUGCUAAAAAAGACGAAGGUAGUCUUCACAUGCUGAAGCUUGAGCUCGAACGUGCUCGUCUUGACAAAAACCACACUGACCAUGAAUCGCUUUCAGAAUCUCAUCUGAGUGAAGAAAGUGAAAAUUCUGACAAGAGUUUGAUUAUUUUGGGAGAUGAUUUGGGUUCGGGCAGCAUGGAGGAAUCAAGAGGUUUGAAUGACUUGGAAGAAAAAGUGUCGAGACGUACAAGAGGGCUCAGGGACUUGGGAACGAAAGCGCCAUUGUUGCGUAAGAGAAAAAUGUCCGAAAUUGUUAAUAAUCAAGAUAUCUUGAAAAAGAAAAACAAGAGGCGUACUUUGACGAAAGCUUCUGUUCAUGAUGACAAAAAAAUGUCAAGCUCAAAUGGAUAUUCUUUGUUCGAAACCAAAGAAUCAAAAGAAAAAAACUCUGCUAGCGUUGGAUUUUCGUGUGAUGAUGCCCUGAAAAGCAAGCGGAAGGGAAAUGGAAUUUCUAGCAAGACUUUUGAGACCAAAUCUAGCAGCUUGUUUGACGUGCCUCUCAUUGCUGAAGAAAAGCACUCUGCAGCCGGGAAAGGCGAUUAUCCCGAAUGGCAGUCGAAAGGCAAGCGAAAGUCUAGGUCGAGGAAAACCUAUCCUCUCCAUGGGCUCGAAACUCGCGCGGCCCGUUUCAAUCGUGCGGGCCCCAGAAGCCUUCACGACGUGCCCCUCGAGGUGAGUUCGGGCCCUGGCCGCGGCCCGAACUGCUUGCCUUACAUCUCUAUGGCGAGCAAGCUGACUGGAUGCUCGGUCGUGGGCCACCCCCUCACGGUCGAGCUCCUUGCCAGUGGCUCUUGCGAUGAAUAUCUAAAACGGGCUGGUGGGCCCCGCAACCGCAAGGUUCGUAGGCCCGAUUCUGGAAAAAAUGGGCUCCUUUUGAAGAAGACCCGUAAGCUGUCCGCGUUGUCCGGGCCCCACAGAUUGGGCCGAGAUGAUGUGAAGAAAGGGCCCUCGGUGGCUUGCGUGCCGUUGGCUGUGGUUUUCAGCAGGAUCAAUGCUACAAUGGCGACGGUGCCAGGGCAGCUCAUAUGGGAGAUCGUGAGGAAGAACAAUUCGUUUUUGGUGAAGCAGUUUGGUAAUGGAACUGCUAGCGUCAAGUUCAGCAAGGAGCCCAACAAUCUCUACAAUGUGCACUCCUUCAAGUACUCAGGGCUGGCAAACAAGAAAACAGUGACAAUUCAACCUGGCAAGGACCAAUCUGUGCUUCUUGCAACAACGAAGACAAAGAAGCAGAACAUGCCCGCCAAUUUACUUAACAAGUCCGUCAUGAAGAAGGAAUUUCAGCGCAUGGCCAAGGCCGUUGAGAACCAGGUGGCAGAUAACAACUACAGGCCCGAUUUGAAGAAGGCAGCCCUUGCCAGAUUGAGUGCAGUCAACCGAAGCCUCAAGGUUGCCAAGUCUGGUGUCAAGAAGAGGAACAGACAGGCUUAAGGUUUUUGAAGUUGCAUCUUGGAUUUUUUAGUUGGUCUUUUCCAGUUCGUUACAAAGAAUUCCAAAUAUUUUCAGCAUCGUUAUCCAUUUCACAAAAUUUCUUGUUCGUUUAAAGUUUUGUGGUAUCAUCUUAUGUUUUGGAUCCAAAUAGACCCAGGUUACUCUGGGUUUUUGUUUUGCAUUUUGUUAGUGUUAAAGAUUGAGUUGUUUAUGUAGCGAUCAUGUCUCAAAUUUCGAAUCUCUUCAGUUAUCUUUUGAUCUGUGGGGCAAUUCGAUGCCUAAUUUUGAUGCAUUCAUGAUGAUUCUCCAAUUUAUUUUUCAUGUUUCAAACUAAUAUUUGUUAGUUAUAUAAAAUUUGCAUCUUUUUGCGUCUUUCACCACUGUUCUCUAAUAGUUUUCAACCUUGAACAAUAGCAUGAAGUCCUUUAGUGUGUGAUUGGAUAUAGAUAUGUGACUGGAUAUGUUGGUUUUGAUUUUUGUGAAGUGGGUGAACAGUUCAUUUGUCAAUCAUUUAUUUGUGAAGUGGGUGCUCUUAGGGCAUCAGUUCAUUUUCUU